UUUCUUUAGGGAGAAAUCAAGUUUAAUGAAGUUGUGCGUGGUUUAUACGUGAGUUUUAGGCCGUAACUUUAAGAAUGAUUAGGGAUGUAGUUGAGGAAAUCUUGUCGCACUGAGUGUUGGUGAAAAACCCCAUUGAUUUUUUUUUAGGUUUUAUCAAUAACCAGUGCACAGUAUUCAGUGAAACGAGGAAGGGCGGCUCUUCCCGGAGUUCGACACUCAUUAAUCACAGGCUGGCCGGAUGGUUGUGAUCGAAUUUGACCUACCCCGAUCCGUCUCUCUCUCCGCACUGGACGAAAACAAUGUGACCCUCAAAGAUUUCCCCGAAAAUGGGGGACAGGAAUCCAACAAGAUGGUUCCUAGAGCUACACUUAUCUGCCGACCAAAUUCACAUCCUUUCCAGGAGAGAAAUCUCAGCCUGGAGAGUGCCAUGAAAGUUGGGCGGUCAGUGGCUAGAGUGAAGCCUGCUGUUAACAAUGCCAUAUUUGAUUGUAAAGUAUUAUCUAGGAAUUAUGCAUUGUUGUGGUAUAAAGAUGGAAAGUUUUAUUUACAAGUCAGUUUGGGGUAGAUGUUAUGGAAAAUUCAAGAAAAGUUACUCAUGGUUGUAUUGUAGCUACUGUAAAGUUAUAUUUACCUGAUGGCAAAGAAGCCAAAGCCAGUCCUUCAACAGGCAUCCAAGAAGAAGAAGAUAGUUGUGAACUUGGCAAACAAGAUCUCUACCAACUUAACCAAUGGAUACAGGAAGCGGUUAUUCGAGAACAAGUUUUAGAAACGAAAUUAAGAUCCUUGCAGCGUAUUGUGAGCGCUACGCGUGAAGCAGCUGAAAUGGGCUGGACAGCAUUGAUGGAGGAAGACAGACUAUUAACUCGGAUAGAAUCGCUUGAAAAUCAACUUGUCGUUUCAUCGAAAAACUUUCACGAAGAUAAACUACGAGAGGAGAUCCGAAAGUUGUAUGACGAGAAAAACAUUUAUCAGGAUGUUUCUAAAGAAUCUUUGCGGAAAGUGCUCACGGAAAAGAUGGAGACAUUAAAAAAAUUGCAGGAAACCGAACGAUCGUUGAGUAAUGCCGAAGACGAACGCGACAAUAUGAAAGAAUUAAAUGAUAAGUUGAAUGAACAAAUAUUAGAACUGGCUGAGAAAUUCGAAAAGGAAUCAGACGAGUUACAAUCGUACAAGAGAAAAUUGCAGGAGGCAGACAACCAACAACUUCGUCAUGAACAGGAAAUGCAGUCGCGACAAGACGCACUUCGUGAAGCUGAAGAAAAAGAAAUGGUUCUUUUAGCCCAGGUGGAGAGCAGGCAGGCGGAAAUCGAUUUCACCAAAGAGCAGCUCGCCAAUCUAAGACUACGUCUUGAUUCCAUGAAAGUAGCAGAAGAACUAAAGAAAGAUGAAAAUGAAAUCGGCGGAGAUGUAGUUGAAGAUAAGAGUAACAAUGUCAAAGAAAAUCAAACUGAAACGUUAAGACAACGUGUGGUCCAACUUGAGUCACAACUUAAAACAUCACUCGCAAACAAUCUGAAUGGAGAAUUCGUCCCAGAUCCUAUUGGAUACAAGUCAAAAGAAGUUGAUCGUCUACAAGGUCGAUGCACGUGGGAUUGUUAUCUUUACCGCAGGCAAUUGGCAUGUUGUAGUGUAAUUUUAAAAGAGCUUUUGGAAGAAACGCGCGCCAAGUGCCGAGUACUCGAGUACUCUUAUUUUUGCUUUUAUUUUAGGUCAAGAAAGGUUUCGAUCAAUCACAAAGUCAUAUUUCAGGAAUUCGGUUGGAGUACUUUUAGUUUAUGACAUUUGCUGUAGGAAGAGCUUUGAAAAUGUACCAGUCUGGACGAAUGAAGCCAAAUCACAUAUUGAGCCACACAGAGCUGUUUUUAUCCUUGUUGGAUGUAAACUGGAUUUGAAAGACCAAAGAGAAGUGUCAAGUGAAGAAGCU